AUAAAGUUGUGAAAAAACAGGAAACAGAGCUGGACGGUUAAGAUGGCGGAGGAGCAGCAGGAAACAUCACAGGGGGAGAUUGAGGGAGUGAACUGCCUCGCAUAUGAUGAGGCCAUAAUUGCACAGCAGGACAGAAUUCAACAAGAGAUAGCCAACAGUAACCCAUUAGUGUCUGAAAGAAAGGAGCUCUCCGUGCUGCAGAGGGAGUACUCUGAGGAAGACACAGUUUAUCAGCUCAAGAUUAAGGACUUGUACAAAAAAUAUUCCUACAUCCGCAAGACAAGACCAGACGGGAAUUGUUUCUACAGAGCUUUUGGCUUUGCACACCUCGAGUCUCUUCUCGAUGACAGCAAAGAACUGCAGAAGUUCAAGGAAGUGGCAGCAAAAAGCAAACUGGAUCUGGUUAAUGAGGGAUUCACUGAGUUCACCAUCGAGGACUUCCAUCACACUUUCAUGGACUUGAUUGAGCUGUGCGAAAAGCAGCCAAGCCUGAAGGAGCUACUGAGAUCCUUUAAUGACCAGAACGUGUCGGACUAUGUGGUUGUGUAUUUGCGGCUGCUCACCUCGGGCUACCUGCAGCGGGAGCAUAGUUUCUUUCAGCACUUCAUCGAGGGAGGAUGCUCUGUCAAGGAAUUCUGUCAGCAGGAGGUGGAACCAAUGUCUAAGGAAAGCGACCACAUUCACAUCAUCGCCUUAGCCCAGGCCCUGAACUUAUCCAUCCUUGUGGAGUACAUGGAUCGAGGAGAGGGAGGAACGGUCAAUCAUCACGUCUUCCCGGAAGGCGGCGACCCACGCAUCUUUCUCCUCUAUAGACCAGGCCAUUAUGAUAUCUUGUACAAAUAGCGCUACUGCCUCUCCCCCCGUCAAUAUCCUCAGCAGCCUAACCCACUAGGGAUGAAACGGUAUACCAGACAACCCCAACCGGCGGCCCCAGAACUACGUUGACUCCAUCGUAUUCAAUUUUCACCCUAUUUAACGAACACAAAACGUGAAAUAAAGUUUGUGCGAGUCUGUUAUGUCAUUUACAAACUCCAUCUGUUCCCUGAAUAGUGAGCUCCAACCAUGCAUCUCCACUUAAAAAAAAAAAGCAAUUACUAAAAUAAAUUUUAGUAAUUACUAAAAUAGUAAUUACUAAAAUAGUAAUACUAAAAUACAUUUUAGUAAUUAAAUCACCAAAAUCUAAUGCAGAAAUUUGGCGUUUAAGAUGCUAGGUGGUCUACUAUAUACAGUGUAUAUAUAUAUAUAUAUAUAUAUAUAUAUAUAUAUAUAUAUAUAUACACACACACACACACACACACACACACACACACACA